AUGCUCGAUGUUGAUCCUGUUGCUGACGAGAUACAAAAUUAUCUCAAAUUAGAUCUUAAUUGUGAUGAUGUAUUACAAUUUUGGCAAUCAUCAGGCGGUACAUUUCCUUAUCUGAAAAGUCUUGCUCAAAUUAUUCUUCCUAUUCCAGCUACAUCUACACCAAGUGAGCAAGUAUUUUCAACUAUGGGUCUAAUUCUCAACGCCAAAAGAACAAUGUUAUUACCAGAAAAUAGUACUGCUUGUGAACAAGAUUUAGAAACACUGAUUAUUUCUGCAUCGCAACGUCAAUUAUGGGCACUGAAAGUGUUCGAUGCUUGGGGAAAACCAUUGCCGUCUGGCUUGUUAACUGGAAAUAUCUAUUGGCUAGGCAACUAUGAUGAAUGUAUUAAUCCAUUAUAUGAGAAAAACAACAAAUCUUUUUACUCACAACCAAUUGAUACUCAAUAUUGUGCUCUUCAAUCGAAUCCUAGCAGUCAACCAGUGUCGAUGAGGUUUGAUUUAGUUUUAGGUCUGUGCAUGCCAUCAUCCUGUACUCGCACAUCGAUUGUUAGGCUCAUUCGUGAGACAUUCCAAAUUGACAAUAUAACUGAAAAUCAUUUGCAUUGUUCAAACGAUCGUUCCAAUAAACAUGAUGAAUAUUUGACAGGUACUAUUGUCUUUAGUAUCAUUCUGUCACUGUUGAUACUUCUUGUAUUGACUGGAACGAUUAUUGAUCUUGUGAUUCAUAUUUAUCUGAUGGUAAACAAAACCCAAAAGCCAAAAAUCGAUGGAUACUAUGAUUUGUCGAACGAGAAUUCAAACAGGGAUGUAUCAUUUACUUUAGCUAACCAAUCGUUGGAAUCAUUCACCAAAAAUAUGCCUAUCAUUGCAUGUCUUGAAGAAUUUUCAGCCAUUCGUACAAUACGCCAUAUUUUUAUGAUGAACAAAACCAAAAGCGACAAUACAUUUGAGUUCAUUGAUGGUAUUCGUGUUCUGUCACUUUUCUGGGUUAUUCUCGGCCAUUCUUUUGGUUCAGCCAUCUACUACACAUCGAAUCUUUUUGAUCUGGCUGUUUCUACACGCAAUAUCGCUAUGCAAUUGAUCGUCAACGGUGGUUUCGCUGUAGAUACGUUCUUUUUCUUAAGUGGUUUCUUAAGUUCAGUUCUCUUCGCGAGACAAGUCCGAAAGGAACGACUAUCUCUACGAUUGAUGGUUCUUUACUAUGUUCAUCGAUACAUUCGUAUAACACCGAACUUUAUUUUGGUUAUGUUUGCCAGUAUUUAUUUAACACCGUACUUUGGUCGAGGACCUAUGUAUCCUAUGCAACAAGGUCUCGAACCGGAUAAAUGCCGUGAUGGCAAUUGGUGGACUUCAUUUUUGUACAUUGGAAACUUUUUAAAAUCCGAUGAUAUCUGUCUCGGUGUGACAUGGUACCUUUAUAAUGACAUGCAAUUUCAUUGGAUUGCUCCUCUAGCAUUGAUUCCAUUUGUAAUCGGCAAAAGAGCUAUCGGCUAUACAGUUACAGUACUAUUCGUAUUAGUCAGCAUUGGAUCAACUUUGGGUCUUGUGCUCUACUAUCCGGAUAUGGUUAAACAUGCUUUGGAUUUGUCGAGCAAUGCGACGGGUCCGAAUUUCUUUGAUAAAGUCUAUAUGGCUCCAUGGUGUCGCAUUUCACCUUAUGCUAUUGGACUACUCGUCGGAUUUCUUGUAACCAAUUCAAAUAGAACAUAUCAUCUAAAUCCUAUUAUAAAAAUUAUCGGAACAUUUGUCGCUACCGCACUGGCAUUGACAUGCAUUUUUUCGAUUCACGACGAUUAUGUAAAAAUGCCCGGCAUCAAUCGAGUUUCAUUGAUUACUUAUCAUGUUCUAUCUCGACCUGCCUGGUCAAUCGCAAUUGCAUGGCUUGUAUUUUUGUGUAGUAUCAAGCAAGGUGGCAUUGUCAAUAGAAUAUUGUCUUGUGCCGUUUGGACCCCAUUAGCACGUUUGAAUUAUUCUGCUUAUUUGAUUCAUAACACGAUAAUUUUGAUUACUCUUUUCAAUCAAUCAAAUCCUGUCUACUAUCAACCAAUGACUUCUCUCAACAAUUAUGUGUCGCAAUUGUUCUUCAGCUAUUUGGCUGCCAUGGUCGUUUUCAUCGUGUUCGAAACUCCUUUUAUUAUUUUAGAAAAGAAAAUAUUUAAAAGAUAG